CUUCUUAUAAACUGUUUUCUUGUGAUAAUUAUAUUUUGACGGUAAACUGUAAGUGUAAUUCUAGUUAAUAAAGAAAUGUUAUUAAGUAUUAACAAAAGGGCGGAGUUCGCCUACUUAGUUAUGAAAAAGUAAAAUAAACUUCAAUUUUCCAAGUUUUAUUUUCAAUAAUUAAGAAACUACCUAAAAUGUUCUGCAGAGCAAGGUAUGUGUCCUCGUCACUCUUGUUUCACCCGAAGUCGAAGAUACGCUUUUUACGACAAAUAACAGUGACAAAAUUUUUUUAUAAUAACCUGCAAACAAUCGUAAAAAGUAAACCUUAUUUUCAGAGUCAUCAUCGUAAGUACUACGCCGUUUUCCUUUGUGCUAGUACUUUUGGACUUUAUGAGGUUGCACGAUAUGUAACUAAAAAUAAAAUAAGUGAAACUGAAAGUGACACAGAUAUUACUAUUGUUACCCAGGAAGGGGAAAAUUAUUUGAAUAGAACAUCUUCAUCAUCUCUUUCCCUUGCUAUUAAAAAAGGAAGGGAUAUAGUGCAAAGAAUUAAGGAUGAAUUUGGUGCUCCAGGAAUUGUUGUGGGAGUGAGUGUCAAUGGUCACACUGUUUGGCAAGAAGGGUUUGGACAUGCUGAUGUAGAAAACCAUGUUCCUUGUCACAAAGACACUGUAAUGAGAAUUGCCAGUAUUAGCAAGAGCAUAACUAUGAUAGCCAUUGGGAAACUCUGGGAAGAGAAGAAGCUAGAUUUAGAUAAACCUAUACAAGAAUAUGUGCCCAACUUUCCUGAAAAAUAUUUUGAAAAUGAAAAGGUUACACUGACUUGCCGGCAUCUUGUAUCACAUCUUGGUGGUAUAAGACAUUAUGAUAAACCAUUUCUGAAAUCAAAUACAGACAGCACUUCAAAACAGAAAAUCCAAGAUAAUGAGACUGUGGAAAAUAGAAACUCCGAAAAAAUAAAUGAAAAAAAGAAUAAUACAAAGGAAGAAAAUCCUAAAAAGGAAGAGAAUGAGUUUGAACUGAAAGAUUACUUUCCCGAUGUUCAGUCAUCAUUAGAAUUGUUUAAAAAUGAUCCACUUGUAAAUAAACCAGGUAGUAAAUUUAUGUACACUACUCAUGGUUGGACACUCCUCAGUGCUGUUGUAGAAGCUGUGGUUCAAGAACCCUUUGGGGUUUACAUGAGUAAGCUGUUUCAAGAACUAGGCCUGAAGAAUACUUUUCUCGAUACCAAUGACACAAUUAUCUACAAUCGUUCAAGGUACUAUCGCCACACCAAAGAUGGCUUAAUAAAUGCUCCAUAUGUUGACAACUCCUACAAAUGGGCAGGAGGAGGGUUGCUUUCAACAGUUGGGGAUCUACUGCAGUUUGGUAAUAUUAUGCUAUAUAGCUUUCAGCAUAACUCAAAUAAUAAUAAUCCCCUGCCUGGAUAUCUGAAUUCUGAAACUGUCAAUCAGAUGUGGUCUCCUGUUACUGAAAGUCAAUCAAAUAAUUGUUACUAUGGGCUGGGUUGGCUUGUGGUGCCUGAAAACCAAAGAUAUGGUUGUUGCUUUCAGCAGAAACUGAUUUGUUUCCACACAGGUUCAGCUGUUGGAGCAAGAAGUGUUUUAUUGAUUGUUCCACGAUCUUGUGAUAUGAAAGAUACUAGAAAGUGCAAGUGGACAAACCCACCACAGGGAGUGAUUGUGUCUGUUAUUGCAAACUUAGAAAAUGUUCCUCUUAGGAAAACUGCUUUAAAAGUGGCUGGUGUGUUUGAAGACGUAACUGUUUAAUGUAAAAUUUUUUUUUGUUUGCAAACUUCAGUCAGUUGUUUCUAUAUAUUUUUUUUUAAACAAACAUAAGUUCAUAAAUUUGAUUGAAAAUACUGAGGCUUUUAUAGACUUUUUAAAAUAUUGAACUACGUGGUUUUAGUAAAUAUUAUUAAUACUACAAUAUUAAAAUAAAUUUUCUAGUUGACAAUCAUAAAACUUUCAAAUUUACAAAUUUUAGUCAUUUAUAACCUUUGUAAUGGUUUAAUAAUUCAGUGUAUAAAUUAUUGGUACUACUCUAGAUUUUUCAAGAUGGUAGAGAUGAACAUAAAAUUAUUUAGUGACUUGUUUUGUAUAAAUCAUAAAAAAUGUGGUUACAAGGUUUGUAAAACAAAUUAAAAUGAGGAGAGCAUUUCUGAUGUUCUCGAAAUGAAUUUGAUAUUUUUAAUUGACUUGAAGAUAAAGCUUUUUUUACUUUGGA